ACAUCAAAUUCUAAAACUUGAAUCUAGAAAAUAAUUACUAUUUGUGUUUGACAGAGAGAGAGAGAGAGAGCCGAAUAUGUGGGAGAAAUUAAAAACUCAGUGUGCAAAAACCUGAGUAGAAGGGAAGCAAUAAAUAUAAGAAUUUAUUUGGUCUGCGGAAACAUUCAUUCAAUUUAUCCUCGUCCAUGUUGAUAAAAAAAAUAAUUGCCCUCUAUAUCUGGAUAAAAAUAAAUAAAAGUAUUAGUUUGUGGUAUCCAUUUACUAAUCUGUAAUUCUAUUCUCUACUUAUAUCAGUGUGAGUGCGAGCAUUGAAUGCAUCAUCUUAGCCAGCUGAGAAAGUACUCUGAAUUGUCUUUUCACAUUUAUGAUUUUUCUACAUUCAAACACUCCUCCACCUUUCCCUCACAUCAAAAGGAACUUCUUCUCUUUGCUUCACACUCUCCUCUCUCUCUCUCUCUAGUAUGAUCUAUUCACCACUGUAAUCAGUUUGGUGUGUGUGUGUGUGUGUGUGUGUGAUUGAAUCCUCAAAAAUGAUCUUUCUUGCAUUUUGUUUCAUAUCAUUCAACAUAAUAGAUACAAAUCCUCUGUUUUCUUCUCUGUCUUAGGUGUGAGAGUGUUUAUUUAGUGUGCAUUUAUAAUUUAGAAUCUAGAACAGAAAAUCUCUCUCUCUCUCUCUCUUAAUGGGAAGGGCACCAUAUUGUGAUAAGAAGGGGUUGAAGAAGGGGCCAUGGACUCCUGAGGAAGAUGAGAAACUGGUGGAAUAUAUCAAGAAACAUGGCCAGGGAAGUUGGCGUUCUCUCCCCAAACUUGCAGGUCUUCUCCGCUGCGGCAAGAGCUGCCGCCUGCGCUGGACCAACUAUCUCCGGCCAGACAUCCGCCGCGGCCCCUUCACCGCCGACGAAGAGAAGCUCGUCAUCCAGUUGCACGCCAUCCUCGGCAACAGGUGGGCUGCAAUUGCGUCGCAGCUCCCGGGCAGGACGGACAACGAGAUCAAGAACUUGUGGAACACGCAUCUGAAGAAGCGGCUGCUCCAGAUGGGCAUCGAUCCGCGGACCCACGAGGCCUCGUCCUCGUCGGCCGCCUGCCCGCAGAGCCGCCACAUGGCGCAGUGGGAGACGGCCCGCCUCGAGGCCGAGGCGCGUCUCUCCAAGGAAUCGAUGUUCCUCGCUUCCUCGUCGCCGCCCGGGGCGGCGACGAGUCGUAAUCCAGAGGGCGGGGACUACUUCCUGCGCCUCUGGAACUCCGAGGUCGGGGAGACCUUCCGGAAGCUUCGGAAGGAAGCUUCCGGAAGAACCGACGAGAGCCCGUCCUCGUCGUCCACGAAAUGCAGCACCCUGUCCGAAGCCACCGUGAAGGUGGAGAAGUCGUCGUGCGUCGAGGACGUGUCGUGCAGCUCGAACGAGAUGGAGGAGGACUCGUCGGAGUCGGCGCUGCAGCUGCUUUUGGAUUUUCCGACCAAUAAUGAUAUGAGCUUCUUGAGCCAGCCCGACUGCUUCGGCUUCUUUCCUCCCAACUUCUUCUGAAACUUUUAAGCAGAAGAUAUAUGUAAUUUUUUGAGUUAAGGUUUCUGUCUUUGUAAGAAAGAUUGCAGAUGUAAUUUCCUCUGUUCAGACUCUGUAACCUUAAAAAUUGACAAAUAUAUUUUCUCUCUAGCUUUAACA